AAAACCUUAAUAAUUAGCAGGAUGAACGAAACAAAUAGUUAAGGAAAGGAAGCGUCAAAGAAACCUAAGGAUAGAAGAUUAACGGUGUUUCAUCUCUCUACCAUUGCGAUUUAUAAGAGAUUGACACUGUCCUAUUGGCUUGCAGCGGGGACAGAACGUGGAGCUGUUCCUUUCUUCGUGAAAUAUUAAGCUAUCGAGUAAAGAGGGAAUCCAUUGACUAGUUUUGUGUCUUUAAAUGUUAAAUACACGGUUAUGUUCAAUCUCAUGAAAAAAUCUUUUACUGUUCGAAAAACCGAAAGCCUUAAUUUUUACUACUAUUUUGAUUAAAAUAUACUUUUUUUACGCAUCAUAUGUUCUCACAUGCAUGCCUAUUCUAAGUUAAUAUACAGCUGUCGUGGUCAACUGUCGCGGUUUGGACCAAGAAGGCUUUUAUCGUACACGAGAGUAAAUAGGAAUUCACAGUAUGAAUACUCGUUUUGUGAUAAACGACGUGUAAGACUAAAAGCUGGAAACGGUGGUCAAGGAUGUGCUUCUUUUCACAGGGAGAAAUACGUUCCAUACGGUCCGCCAGAUGGCGGCAAUGGGGGCGAUGGAGGAGACAUAUAUGUCGUUGCCUCGUUUCAACAUGAUUCACUCUCUUCAAUUAACAGUGCGUACCAGGCCAAAAAUGGACAAAAUGGAAAAGGUGAUAAUCGACAUGGAAAGGCUGGAAAAUCAGUUCUUCUCAGAGUACCUGUGGGAACAGUAAUGCGUGAAAUACAGUUCUCUCAAAAAGAGUCUGAGCCAGAGUCGUUACAGUGGGUGCUCUAUCCAACCCUGCAAGCAGAAGAUGUCGAACAUUCUAGCUUUUUUCAGAAAGCAAAGGCCCGUGCAAAAGGUCUCGUACCAUUACGAAAAACGAAAACAACAGACACUCCGCUCUGUAUCGAUUUUGAUAAGGAAUCAACCAAACCUCAGCUAGUAUGCAAAGGUGGGAAAGGUGGUCUUGGAAACAUUUACUUUCUUUCUGAAGAAAACUGGUCUCCCAAGUUUGCUACCAAGGGUCUUCGUGGGGAGGAAAAAGUGUUCGAGCUGGAGCUUAAGACGAUAUGUGAUAUAGGGCUUGUUGGCAUGCCUAAUGCUGGGAAAAGUACGCUACUGAACACACUCACCGAGGCCAAAUCUCCAAUUGGAAAUUGGGAGUUCACGACUUUAAAACCCCAUUUGGGAACAUUACGUUACUUUGAUCAUGACCUGAACACUUCUCAGAAACUUCAGAUCGCAGAUCUCCCCGGGCUUAUAGAAGGAGCUAGUAAGGGAAAGGGCUUGGGGCUCAACUUUUUGCGACAUGUGGAACGUUCGCGAGCGUUGUGCAUGCUGAUUGACAUUUCCCCAAUGGCUAGAGUGACCGGGGAAACCGCGUUUGAGUUGCUGUGGAAAGAACUGUGUACUUACAAUGCACAGCUCGUUCACCGACCCGUGCUUGUCUUAGCCAACAAAGCGGACAUAGCGGAAGAAGACGCAUUCUACCGAUUACUGCACAUGGUUCAAAAGCAUCGCCCUGACGCACAAACGAUUCCCAUCAGCGCACUUCAAAGACACAACACGGAACAGGUAAUACGAGGCAUGGUAAGAUUAAUGGCACUGUCCAAAAAGAAGUGA